GGAAAGAAGCUUCUCCCUCCCUCCCACCUCUACGGUUCCUUCCUGACGAAGCUGCGGCAUCCUAGCAACGACUCCCAGAGCAGAAAACCUACCCAAAUCCAACAAAACCCAACCAAAUCGCCGCCUCCCGAACCCAAACCCCCAAUCUCCACCCCCGCCGCCGCCCUCUCCCGUAGCGAGGCAGCCGUCCCCCGGGGCCGAUGGGGAGCGGCACCGAGCCGGCCAAGGGGCUGCUGCCCUACCUGCAGCGCGCCGACGAGCUGCAGAAGCACGAGCCCCUCGUCGCCUACUACUGUCGGUUGUACGCGAUGGAGAAGGGGCUGGUGAUCCCGCAGAAGGAGCGCACCAAGAUGACCAACUCCAUCCUCGUCUCCCUCAUCAACCAGCUCGAGAAGGAUAAGAAAUCUUUGACCUUGGGGCCUGAUGACCAUCUUCAUUUGGAGGGGUUUGCAUCAAGUGUCUUUGCUAAAGCAGACAAACAGGAUCGUGCUGGACGAGCUGACAUAAACACUGCAAAAACCUUCUAUGCCGCCAGCAUCUUUUUUGAGAUUCUCAGUCAGUUUGGUGAGCUUCAACCUGAUCUUGAGCAGAAGCAGAAAUAUGCCAUCUGGAAAGCUGCUGAAAUUAGAAAAGCUCUCAAAGAAGGACGAAAGCCUGAAGCUGGCCCUCCUGGUGGGGACAAAGAUGACGCACCUGCCAGCACCACUACAAUUGAUCAUGAUAUGGGGCGAAGCCAGUCUUUUGGUAACCGGCAGAAUGGAAAUGAAGCAUCACCUCAUCCUAUAGACAAGGAUUUUAGCAGGAGGGAUAGCUUUUCUGCUGUCCAGCCAGGAAAUAUAUCUUCUCGACAAGGUGCAGAGAAGUUCAAUGAUCAUGUCUCUGCCCAGACACAUUUUUCACCACCACCUCCACCGUCUGAGUUUUCAUCUCCACAGUCCCAGUUUUCACCCCCACCACAUUCAUCUUAUUCCUCUCCCUCAUACCAAGGAACAGAUUACCCUCCUCCUGAUGUCCACAACCCACACCCCAAUUAUUCAUCUCCCUCGUACACAAGCACAGACUACCCUACCAAUGAGGUCCAUAAACCACCAUCCAAUUAUUCACCACCCCCAUACACAAGAGCAGACCAUCCUUCGGACGAUGGCUACAAUCCUCAGAGCAAUGAUAAGCCGGACAUUUCAGCUUAUCCUCAGACAUACCACCAGCCACCCUACACAAUUGAACCCCAGCACACCUCUCAAAACUACUACGCUACAGAAACCCCACCUGCUCCAUACAACUACCCUAAUUUCCAGUCUUACCCAAGCUUCCAGGACAGCACACUACCUUCUGUCACAACCCAUCAACCUCCAUUCCAUCCUGCUAGUGAUGGUGGUGUGCCAACUGCUCCAUCAUACUCUCCUCCGGCAUCAAAUCAUCCUGCACCAACACAGUACCAUCCGAGUGCUGAUGCUACACACCAGGUUACCCCUCCCGCUGCGCCACCAGCUAGCCAAUACGCGUAUGACAGCAAUUACCAGCCGGCAGUCGAGAAGAUCGCUGAGGCUCACAAAGCAGCAAGAUUUGCCGUUGGUGCUCUUGCGUUUGAUGACGUGUCGAUUGCCGUGGAGCACCUGAAGCGCGCGCUGGAUCUCCUGACGAACCCUUCUGCAGAAACUCACUAGCUGUCUGGUCCUCAAAGAAGACGUCUUGUGUAAAUACGCUAUACUGUAAUUACGACCAACAUGGAGAUGGAGGUGUUGCCUGGUUGCAUAGAUACAAGAUCGCUGGGGUGGCUACACAAAUCUAGGAGAUGAAAGGUCUUUAGCAAACUGUUUCUUGUGUCACAUUGAGUCAUCUGUUUCCAGAGUUCUGUGAUAUUUGGCCAUUGCUUGGAAUGCAUAUCCUCAAGUGGUGAUGGUUGUUGAUACAGUUUGCUUCAUUCAAGUUUGUGGUUUGAUUACCAGCCAUUUUUAUACCUGAAUAAAAUGUUGAAGAUUCCCACUCUGCAAGGUAAUAAGUCUCAUGGAUGAUUCUUUGCAUGUCGCUAAUGGACUUUUCUACACCCAUGUAACACCUUUGUAAUGCAAUGUUAUCUCAAAAUAGUGUUUUAAUCCCUCAAA